AAUUAGCUAAACAGUUGAACUUUAGCUUCGGUGGUUUCGUCAAGUGAAAGGGUUGAAAACGUGUUUCCGCCCUGACCGGAAGUCACAUCCUCGCUCCACAAUGGUUCCGCCAGUCGCAGUGUCGCCGCUCAUCAAGACGGCCAGGUGGUCUGCCCUGCUGCUCGGCGUCUUCUAUGGCAAACAGAGGUUUGAUUAUCUAAAGCCCAUUGCUGAGGAGGAGAGGAAGGUUGAGGAGGCAGAGAAAAAGGCCAGAGAGGAGCAGGAGCGCAUCUACAAACAACUGGCUGAAGCAAAUUCAGACACCAUCCUAAAAUGAAUUAUCUCUGGACCUGAGUUGUUAUGUUUCAAACUAAAUAAAACAGAACUUAUUUUUCAUGUAA